UUGCUCUGCUUUUGCUAAUAGGAGUGGAGAUGGAUGUGUGUUGUUCAAGGAUGACUUGAUGGAUCUUCAGAGGCUCGGGAACCAGUCGUCGUUGGGAGGUGAUCUGUUUGUCCGGAUGGAACGGGCUGAUCGGCCGUCGAGAAAAGGAAAGAAGAAGGUGGUUGUGGCUGUAGCUGUCUCCAUAUCUGCUGCUGCACUGGUUGUUCUCUCUUUCUGUCUGUGGCCAAUCCUCAAAAGCAAAGUGUUCAGGGUGGUGCAUCAAGAUCUGCUGCUACUCGAUUUAAAUCAAAGUAGUGCAGUAGAGAGAAACAGAGAGUAUGAGCUCCCGGUGUUCAGUUUCUCUAGCAUUGCCGCGGUAACUAACAACUUCUCGGAUGCAAACAAGCUAGGGGAGGGUGGUUUUGGGCCUGUUUAUAAGGGAGAGCUCCUCAAUGGGCAGUUUGUAGCAGUUAAAAGGCUCUCGCGGAGUUCUGGACAAGGUCUAGAGGAGUUCAGAAAUGAGACACAGCUGAUUGCAAAACUGCAGCACAAAAAUCUUGUUGGCAUCUUAGGAUGUUGUACAGAAAAAGAUGAGAAUAUAUUAGUCUAUGAAUAUAUGCCCAACAAAAGCUUGGAUGUCUUCAUUUUUGAGCCGGAGAAGAAAGGGCUACUGGACUGGAAGAAGCGAGUGGAGAUCAUCGAAGGCAUUGCUCAAGGGCUUCUGUAUCUCCACCAUUAUUCGCGCCUGAGAAUGAUCCAUAGAGAUUUAAAAGCUAGUAACGUUCUGCUAGAUGCGGAGAUGAACCCUAAAAUCUCAGAUUUCGGGAUGGCUAGGAUAUUCGGAGGCAACGAGUCACGAGCAAAUACUAAGAGGAUUGUUGGGACUUAUGGCUAUAUGUCGCCGGAAUAUGCAAUGAAAGGAGUUUUCUCUCUAAAGUCUGAUGUAUACUCUUUUGGAGUGGUGAUGCUUGAGAUCAUAACUGGAAAAACCAUCUCUGGGCUAUAUGAUUCUAACCGUCUUACCCUUCUUGAAUAUGGUUGGAAUAUGUGGAAACAAGAAAGAGGGCUUGAGCUGGUUGAUCCGAUUCUGGAAGUACCUAGAGCGUCAUACUCUGUUGCAUUGAGAUGCAUCAACAUCGCUCUAUUGUGCGUCCAAGAAAAUCCAGAUGAUCGGCCCCUGAUGUCGGAUGUGGUUGCUAUGUUGAAUAACGACAAGGCAGCGAUCACAUCACCGGACCAUCCUGCAUUCACGGUUGGGACAACACCUGCAGCAUUAGAAAUCGCCUCUGUCAAUCACUUGACAGUGUCUCAAAUCGACCCUCGUUGAACACUGACAACGUUUAAAAUAUACAAACUACAACUGGUUGCUAGGAACAAGUUAUAGUGAAACCAACAUAGAUAAGUAGUGCCUUAGGAAUUAAGAUUUUGUUAAACUAAUUUUUUUCUUUUAGUUUAGUCAUAUGGCUAUUUUUGCUUGAAGGAUUUAUGUUCAUGUAUCAUUGUCUAAAUGUGGUGAUGUUGUUAUAUUUCAAACUUAGAAGCUCAAAUGAAGGGUCUUGAACAA